GUGUAUUAUUAUCAAAGUUGGUAUGUCCUUUCAAAGACAUUAGCUGAAAAGGCUGCUUGGAAGUUUGCAAAGGAGAGCAGGCUUGAUUUGAUUACAAUAAAUCCAGGAUUUGUGAUUGGUCCUAUUCUACAACUAACCCUUAAUUUCAUUGUGGAGCUCAUAUUGAACAUCGUCACUGGUAAUUAAUUACCAAUAUAUAUAUAUAUAUAUAUAUUUGCAGUAAUCUUGGGGAAUGGUAGCAAUUGAAAAGUGUUUUGUAUGCAGGAUGGGAGAAGUGCAUCAUAUGGUGUUUUUAUGGAUGUUCGAGAUGUUGCACAUGCUCAUAUUCAAGCAUUUGAGAUUCCUUCAGCUACUGGCAGAUAUUGCAUGGUUGAAAGCGUUGUAGAUGUUACUAAGUUGUGGAGGAUCUUGCAUCGACUUUUUCAUGUGUUCCACCUCAAUGAAAAGUACGAUAAGCUUAUUCAAAAAGUGUUCCAAAUAUCCAAAGAGAAAAUUAAGAGCUUGGGUGUCAACUUCAUUCCUUUGGAGGAGAGUCUCAAGGACAUUGUUGAAUGCUUGAAGGAGAAGGGUUUCAUUAGCUUUUGAAUCUCAACUAUUGACUUUACUGCUAUCAACUUCCCUUUUUCCUCCUUCAUUCACUUCCCUUUUUCCUCCUUCAUUCACUUCCCUUUUUCCUCCUUCAUUCAGUCUUUAUUAGUUUUCAAUAAAAAUCAUGUGGUUGU